CGCGCGCGGCUGAGGGCAAAGAUCCAGGAGGCGUCAACGGGGUGAAGACUCGUUUCAUCGGCAGAGAGAGAGAGAGAGAGAAACAUAGACUGAACCAAGUGGACUGUCCGAGAGCAGAGAGGAUGAAGCGUACAACUUUCCUGUUGGUGUUUGCAGUUGUCCUGAGCUUCUGUCAGGCUCAGUCGGAGACAGGAGGUGAGGAAACAGGAGGGGAGGAGGAACAUGUGGAGCUCUUCACCACGCCAAUGACUAAGAUGGGUGCCGCCACCUCGGACUUCGGCUACAACCUGUUCCGCGCUCUAGCAAGCAGCCAAGCGUCAACAAACAUCUUCCUGAGCCCCAUUAGUGUGUCCGCAGCGUUGACUCAGCUGUCCAUGGGAGGGUCUGAGCGUGCUCAAAGGCAACUGUUCAGGGCUCUGCGGUACCAUACCCUGCAGGACCCUCAGCUCCACAACACCCUGAAGGACCUUCUGGCCUCAGUCAAGUCACCUGGGAAAGGCCUGAGCACCGCCGCACGCAUCUACCUGGAAAGACGAAUUCGUGCAAAACCAGAAUUCUUCACACUUGUAGAGCAGCAGUAUGGAGUUCGUCCAAAUUCCCUGCUGGGAGGACCCAAAGAUAUGAAAAAAGUAAACGACUGGGUGACUCAGGAGACCGGUGGGAAGGUUCUGCGCCUCCUGUCCAGGGCCCUCCCCAGGAUCCUCGGAGUAAAUGCUAUAACUGCCGCCUACUUCAAAGGGAAGUGGGUGACUAGGUUCGGUCAGACUGGAUUGACGGAGAGCUUCCAAGUGGAUGGAGGAGCACCUGUUCGUGUUCCCAUGAUGCAGCAGGAUAACUACCCUGUGAAGAUGGGUGCCGACUCUGAUCUGAGCUGCACGAUCACUCAGCUCCAGAUGCAGGAUGACGUCAGCAUGUUCAUCUUCCUGCCCGAUGACGUGACCUCCAACAUGACCGUACUGGAGGAGAGUCUGACAGCUGAGUUUGUUCAGGACCUCUCCAUGACACUCCUUCCUGCCAAGGUGUCACUCACUCUGCCUGCUCUGAGGGUCAGCUACUCCACAGACCUGCUGCCGCUGCUCGGGGAUGUGGGCCUCUCUGAAUGGCUGGCAGACACAGACCUGGAACAAAUCUCAGCCCAGUCCAUCAAGCUCAACAGCGUCAAUCACAAGGUCGUCAUGGAGAUGGCGCCUGAAGGGACUCAGUACGCGAGUACAACUGAGGAAGGGAGCCACCUGUUGUACCGCGUGGACCGACCCUUCCUUUACCUGAUCCGGGAUGACAUGUCGGGGGCGCUGCUCUUCAUUGGCAGGGUGGUCAACCCCAAGGUCCUGUCGAAAUAACACACAUGCACUCUCUCACACACACACACACCAGAAUAGCACACACAGAAUAGCACACACUCUUAGCAGGUCCUAGGAGGGAUUUCAGGUGUUUGCAGUGCAUUUGUUGUGGCAGAUAUUUUCAAGGAUAUUUGAUUUUUGAUUUUACAUGAUUUCUCUUACUUUUCAUGUUGAAACAUUUUAGCAUGAUCAUGAUAAUCUGACUCAAACACACUGACAAUAUUAUGAGCUCAUUUUAGGACUGUCUUUUAUCCAAUCAAAUAUUGUUACCUUUCUCAUCUGAAAUAAACCCGACAAUGAAAUGAAA